AUGGCGAAGCGACCGUCUGACAGCGCUGCGGUCAUUGACCUCUGCUGCAGCAGUGAUGAUGAGGAGCAAGACAAGAAACUUCCAGCAAGCGUCUUUGCCAGAAAGAAAAUCAAGACAGAACCAUUCACCAAAGUCAAGUCGGAACCACGGUAUGGCGACGAUGAUGAUGAAGUCCAAACGAUGGAUGUAACGAAGGGUAGCGGCAGCGGUGAAGUAGAAGUUGUUGCCCCAGUAACACCAAAGAUAGUCCCAGCGAAACAGUCAUCAUCCGAGGAAAAUGACGAUAAUGAUGUGGUACUUGUGGGCGCUGCCAAUAUCCAAAAGUUGCCGCAUUUGCGCCAGCAUUGUCCUGAGCACAAGUUUGACAGCGCGACUCCUAAAUGGUCUGAUUACUUCUUUUACUCUCGCGACACCAUCAACGUGAAUGAACAACACUGUGACAUGUGCUACUGCUUUGCCUGCGACUGCCUGGUGAAGGAUUGCUGCGCCUGGACGCAUGCCGUGUCGAGCGAUAUGGAAGGAAAUCACUGCUGCGCCAACGACGGGUUCCGUGUUUGGUCGCAACGCCGUACUACUGCCGUCAAGAGACGACAAGAUUUGGAACGGAAUGGAGGAGUCCAAACCAAUGCUGCUAGAGCAUCAGUUGCACUCAAUACCACCACCACCACAGUAUCCCCUAUGCGAGCUGCUACAAGUACAAUCGAUCCUCGUCUGACUUCUGGAGAGUUCCAUCUACGGGAACACUGCCCUACUCACAAAUUCCAAGAAGCUGCUAUUGAUUUUGGCAGGAUCCUGUCCUUUCCUGUGAUUGCUAACAACGAGGAAUGCUGUCGUCAAUGCUGGUGCUAUCCCUGUGACAAACCGGCAAAGCAGUGCAAGUCAUGGCGAAAGCCAGGAAAAUAUAAUCUCAAAUUCACCCAUUGCUGUGCUACCCAGACUGGAGCUGCCUGGGUGCAGGAAAGGAUUAGAAUCAACCCUACGAAGACUCUUCACAUUGAUGCGGUGGUAACGCAUGCCGGUGGAAUUGGACCAUGGGCUCCAGAGCACGAGGUGGCAGGAAAAGACAAGACCCUCACCAAGUGCCGCCAUUGUGGAUGGUACACCCGAUUUUCGCACAUGAACUUUGCGACUCCUGCCUUGCCAACAGGGUGUCAUGAUUGGUGCCACAAAUGCGGUCGUGUUGCCAGCGAGAAAGACUUGAACAAAUCUGCCGUUGGCUUUGCCUACAGUCCAAAGGCAACCGACGUGUCGUUGGGAGAAAAGGUCAUUCCCUUUCGGCUACACGCUCAUGACCCACUCGAAAUGAAUGCCUUCAAGCUGAGCUGGGAACAAAACAAGAACAGUUGGACGUAUGACGAGGCAGACAUGGAAGAAGAACUCUUUCUUCAUCGCUUUGGUGCCCGCCCUACAGUUGACAUGAUUCUGGCAAGUCUUCCCAUUGUCAGAGAGGUUCCAAAAGACGGUGUUGUCAAACCAACUGGCAAUAAGUCCAAGCUUUGCUCAGCGGUGGAAACCGAGGCGAUACUCUUGGAGAAGGCAAACCACAAAUCGCUUUUGGAAGUACUAUACAAUUGUUUUGGAACUGUUGCGACGAACCCCAAGGAUGGUGAUGCACGUGCAAGACUGGUCUCUGGAGAAAUCUUGGCCGAGUUUGACAAAUCUACGCGAAAGGGCGUCCUUCGGAUGCGUCUAUUCUUGUCGGCGUCAAUGUUCGACACCAAGAACGCGAAGAUCGGACUAUUGAAGGCUAGAGAAGGGAGGGAGAAAGAGCAAGUUGGAUCCCAGUUCCUUCCGUGUCCGCCGUUUAGCUGGAGUCAGAGAGACAGAUCAAUGAACGCUAUCUCGAGUCGAAGGGCAACGAUGAGGCCUGCGAUUGGGGAUCAAAAAAAGACUUUGAACGCAUUUCGCGGUAAGCUUUCACUGCUUCCAAGUUCUGGCUCACAUGUGGUCGGUGGUGUUUGCUUGGAUGACACGUCCCUGAGCGGUUGCCUCAAGCGAUACAGUUCCGAGACUUUCCCCGAGCGGCUAUACGAAGCAGCAAAAGGAAGCAAUCGUUACCUUCCUUAUCCGACGAAAAAUCAGAGUACAUCCAGAAUACUGGAUAGUAUCUACUCUGAAUCUUACUGGAUCGAGUCUAACCAUGGCGUUGUGUCGCACCACCGUCGCAUGAACGAUUCGACGGCAAUCCCUCGGCUGAUGCCCCGAAUUACCCAGGAUUCUUUGAAAGGGCUCGAGCGUCUUGUUGGGUCACAUGAUGAGGUAGUUCUCGCAGCUACCAAUAUGGCACACGACAGCCUUCGUUUGAUCGCUGCGACGAACUCAAUCAAGGGGAUGCUGGAGCAGCUUGAAAACCUUGGUCACCGUAGCCUGCCCUACUGCGAAGGUCUGAACAUUGAAUUGCUUGAGUUCCAAAAGCAGGGCGUUCAGUUUGCCCUUGACCGCGAGAACUGUCCCGGUGGAAUCCAAAGUUUCUGGUGGGGCAAGCUACCACUCGAUACCGGUAGCCACAACGAAAUCUACUUCAAUCCUAUCCUGUCCACGUUUAGAAAAGGAAAGCCCCAACUCGUACGAGGUGGAUUCAUCGGAUCAGAGAUGGGAUUGGGCAAAACUGUAUUGUCCCUGGCACUCAUUUUAUGUAAUCCUGCCCCUGAAGCUCCUGUCUCCGGUAGCCACGUGAAGAAGUUGAAGCAACAGACUCGAGCGUCAUUAUCUGGCAGUGUUGGUUGGGAUGAAGACUUGUACGCGAGGACCUCCAAAGGUUGUUCAAAGCGAGGAAGCAUUGUAAGCCGUGGAACGCUUGUGGUAUGCCCCGUGUCUCUUGUCGGACAGUGGAUUGAAGAGGCGAAAUCAAAGUUGAAGGAACCCGGUCUUGUGUAUGCAUACCACGGCCAAUCUCGACGGCGUGAUCCGAUGCUCCUGGCAAAGAACAGCAUAAUCGUUACGACAUACGAGGUGAUAGCGUCUGACGCCAAUUACCAUGCCAAAAAAUCCCAGUCUGCCGAUUACGUGGCCCCCCUAGAGCAAGUGAGAUGGUGGCGAAUAAUUGCGGAUGAAGGACAUUCCCUUCGCCAAGGCAACACGCGGCGCUCGGAGGCGUUGCUUCGAAUUGUGGCUGACCACAAAUGGCUAGUAUCAGGCACGCCCGUCAACACAACAUUAGGCGAUCUUCGAAAUCAGCUAACAUUCCUGGGCGUGGAAGAGGCGGGUCCGAUGAUGGAAAAGUUCAAGGAAACUGCCUUUGUACAUGCCGUAGAUCCCUCCGUCGGAAAGCACGCUGUUCAUACCAUGGAGACUCCUUCUUUCGGCAAUUUGCUGUUCUUUCUGAGAAAUAUCAUGCUGAGACACACGCAAAAGCAAACCUACCGAGGAACCUCCACCACUCUCAUGAUGCUUCCGAAGAAGACAGAGCGCACCGUGGAGAUUGACUUCGAGGCUGGAGAACGGAAGCAAUAUGCUGAGGUUGAAAAUGCUGCGAAAACCUUCUAUCUCGAUUUCAAGGCUAAGCACGGCGGAACCUUGAGUAGCCACUACUUCAAAUUGACUCAGAAACUGAUGAAGUCGCGGAUUGCAUGUGCUGGAGGCCGCUAUCCUGUUGGCGAUGCACAAGAUCCAAAGGUCGAAGAGGAAGAUGACGAAGACGUGGACGAUGACGAAGCAUUGGACAACAAACCAAAGAAGAAAAAUAGGAAGAAGGAAGUCGUCUACUCGGACGUUGCUUUUCGGAGCAAGCUGAAGGUGCUGAUCACAGAACUGAUGCGAGUGAGGGAUGAUGAUCCCACAUCCAAGAGCCUUGUAUUCAGUCAGUUCGCCUCCACCUUGCAGUAUCUACAAUCGGAGCUUCCAAAGGCUGGAUUCCAAUUCAGAACUCUCAAGGGGAGCAUGUCCAUGCAACAACGGGCCAAAGCCCUCCACGACUUCCAAGCUGACCCACCGACUACAAUCUUUCUGUUGAGCAUGAGGUCCGGAAACGUGGGGCUCAAUUUGACAUCCGCAAAUCGGAUUUACAUCUUGGAACCCUGCUUCAACCCCGCCUUAGAGCUCCAGGCGAUCGGACGAGUGCAUCGAUUGGGCCAGAAGCGAACUACCCUCAUCACUCGAUAUGUCAUGAAGGACAGCGUUGAGACUCGAAUAAUGAAGUUGCGGGCAAAGAAGUACGGCUCGUCGUCUGCAACAGACUCAAAAGAAGACACCAAAACCAAAGCAGCUGGAGUACAGGCAUUGCUCGGGAACGUCUGCAGUGAUCGUGCUACAAUCGCAGGCGAAGAGUUCGAUCUCUUGUACGGCGUUCCUUCCGAUGAACAGCCCGAAGCCGUGUUCUCCGGAAGCGGUGGUCCAGACGACGUGGUUUCCUCCAGCAAUUCUCUAGCAAUAUAA